GUAGAGGCUGCCUCCUGAGCAGGGAGCGCAGCGCCUGGUCUCCAGAGCCCUGUAUGUUCGGAGGUGGCUGCAGGGUUGUGAGUGUGAGUGUGUGUGAGUGUGAGUGAGUGUGAGUGUGAGUGUGAGUUGGUGUUGCUGCUGACUCGGGGAGACUGAGGGCGAUGUGAGGGUCCGGGACUCUUCCUGCGGCAAAGAUGCAGAAAGGAAUCCGGCUGAAUGAUGGGCACCUUUCCUACCUGGGCACUCUAGCCAAGAAGGACGGCACCAGGAAGGGCUACCUGAGCAAGAGGAGCUCGGACAACACCAAAUGGCACCACAAGUGGUUCGCCCUGCUCCACAAUAUGCUGUUUUAUUUCGAGAAUGACUGCACCACCAAAGCCUCAGGGCUGUACUUACUGGAGGGGUGCGUCUGUGAGAGGGCACCAUCCCCCAAACCAUCUCUCACAGCCAAGGAAUCCCUGGAAAAACAGUAUUACUUCACAAUAAACUUUGGCCAUGAUGCUCAGAAAACCCUGGACCUGAGGACAGAGGAUGUGAAAGAGUGUGAUGACUGGGUUGCAGCAAUUGGCCAUGCAAGUUACAGGAACCUGGCGACAGAACAUGAGUCCCUGAUGCAGAAAUAUCUGCACCUACUGCAGAUUGUAGAGACAGAGAAAACAGUUGCUAAACGCCUUCGACACCAAAUUGAAGACCAGGAAAUUGAAGUGGAGCGGCUCAAGUCUGAGAUUGCUUCACUGCUGAAAAAUAACGAACGUAUCCAAUUAACACAACCUGCAGCACAGAGCGAUGAAGACGUUGACAUCAGGAAAAUCAAAAAGGUGCAGAGCUUCUUGCGAGGAUGGUUGUGCCGAAGGAAAUGGAAGACAAUAAUCCAGGAUUAUAUCCGCUCCCCUCAUGCGGAGAGCAUGAGGAAGAGGAACCAGGUGGUGUUCAGCAUGCUGGAGGCUGAGGCAGAGUACGUGCAGCAGCUCCACAUCCUCGUCAACUGCUUCCUCCGGCCCCUGCGUAUGGCGGCUAGCUCGAAGAAACCUCCCAUUGGCCACGAUGAUGUCAGCAGCAUCUUCCUCAACAGCGAAACAAUCAUGUUUUUGCACCAGAUAUUUUACCAGGGACUGAAAGCCCGUGUUUCCAGCUGGCCCACGUUAGUAUUAGCUGACUUGUUUGACAUUCUCCUCCCAAUGUUGAACAUCUACCAGGAGUUUGUGAGGAACCACCAGUACAGCCUGCAGAUCCUGGCCAGCUGCAAGCAGAACCGAGACUUUGAUAAACUCCUGAAGCAAUACGAAGCGAAGCCGGACUGUGAAGAGAGAACGCUGGAGACCUUCCUGACCUACCCAAUGUUUCAGAUCCCCAGGUACAUCCUGACGCUGCACGAACUGCUGGCCCACACGCCUCAUGAACACGUGGAGAGGAAGAGCUUGGAGUACGCCAAAUCAAAACUGGAGGAACUUUCCCGAAUAAUGCACGAUGAAGUAAGUGAAACGGAAAAUAUUCGCAAGAACCUUGCCAUUGAACGGAUGAUAGUGGAGGGAUGUGAGAUCCUUCUGGACACCAGCCAGACCUUUGUACGACAAGGGUCACUUAUCCAAAUACCAAUGACUGAAAAAGGGAAAAUUACCCGAGGCCGAUUGGGAUCGCUAUCUCUGAGAAAGGAAGGAGAAAAGCAAUGUUUUCUGUUUUCCAAACACUUGAUAAUAUGCACCAGAGGAUCAGGUGGAAAACUCCAUCUAACAAAAAAUGGAGUACUUUCACUUAUCGACUGCACCUUGAUGGAAGACACAGAAACCACAGAAGAUGAAGCUCGGGGAUUGGGACAGGACCUGGAACACCUCGACUUCAAAAUUGUUGUGGAACCGAAAGACACCCCAUCCUUCACCGUGAUCCUGGUGGCUUCAUCACGUCAGGAAAAAGCAGCUUGGACAAGUGACAUCAGCCAGUGCAUAGACAACAUUCGGUGCAAUGGUCUGAUGAUGAAUGCAUUUGAAGAAAACUCAAAAGUCACAGUUCCUCAAAUGAUUAAGUCUGACACAAGCCUAUACUGUGAUGAUGUUGAUAUACGAUUCAGCAAAACCCUCAAUUCCUGUAAAGUGCUUCAGAUUCGUUAUGCAAGUGUGGAACGCUUGUUGGAACGCCUGACUGAUCUCCGCUUCUUGAGUAUAGACUUCCUCAACACAUUCUUGCAUUCAUAUCGAGUUUUCACUACAGCUGGUGUGGUGCUGGACAAGCUCAUCACCAUCUACAAGAAGCCGAUAAGUGCAAUACCUGCAAGGUCACUUGAACUAUUUCUUGCAAGCAGUCAGAAUAAUAAACUUCUGUACAGGGAACCCCCGAAAUCCCCUCGGGCCAGUCGGAAAUUUUCCUCCCCACCACCUCUCUCUAUUUCCAAGUCAUCGUCGCCCAUUCGGAGGAGGAAGCUUUCCCUGAACAUUCCCAUUAUUACUGGGGGGAAAGCACUGGAUCUUGCCACGAUGACCUGCUCAGCCAAUGGCUAUGCAAGUGCUGGCAAAACAGUUAAGGAGGAUUCUGAGAGUGAGCAGGCUCUUAGUGAUGAGGCUGAGACUGAGACUUCACCCCCAAAAUCUCCUCCAACGCCAAAAAAACUGAAAGGGAAGAAUCCCUCAGAAUUCUCCCUGUUUUCCUACAAUAAUGGAGUGGUGGUCACAUCCAGCCGGGAAAUGGACAAUAACCGCAGUGCACUUUCAGCGACCUCAGCUUUUGCCAUUGCCACAGCGGGAGCCAAUGAGGGCACUCCCACCAAGGAGAAGUUCCGGCGGAUGUCCCUGGCCAGCGCAGGCUUUCCUGCUGAUCAGAGAAUUUGUGACAAAGAGUUUGUCAUUCGAAGAGCAGCAACUAACCGCGUACUCAAUGUACUGAGGCACUGGGUCUCAAAGCAUUCCCAGGAUUUUGAAGCAAACGCUGAAUUGAAGAGUCAAGUGAUUAGUUUUCUCGAGGAAGUCAUUCAUGAUCCUGAGCUGCUAACACAGGAGAGGAAAGCAGCAGCAAACAUCAUCAGGACUUUGAACCAAGAAGACUCAGUUGACCAACAAACAAUUUUGGAUGAGAUAAUGAAUGUGGUGGAGGAAGAGACAUUUGAAAACCUCUCUGCUCUGGAGAUAGCUGAGGAAUUGACUUUGUUGGAUCAUCUCAUCUUCGGGUGUAUUCCAUAUGAGGAGUUCUUCGGCCAGGGUUGGAUGAAACCUGAGAAGAAUGAGAGAGCCCCAUACAUUAUGAAAACCACCAAACACUUCAACGAUAUCAGCAACUUAAUUGCUUCGGAGAUUUUGAAGAGUGAUGACGUUAAUGUGAGAACAGCAGCCAUCGAGAAAUGGGUGGCAGUGGCAGACAUCUGCAAGUGUCUCCACAACUACAACGCUGUGCUGGUGAUAACCUCCGCCCUGAAUCGAAGUGCGAUCUUCCGACUGAAGAAGACAUGGCUGAAAGUAUCAAAACAGACCAAGGCAUUAAUUGACAAGUUGCAAAAACUGGUGUCUUCAGAAGGACGGUUCAAAAACCUACGAGAGGCUUUGAAAAAUUGUGACCCUCCAUGUGUUCCUUAUUUGGGGAUGUACCUAACAGACUUGGCUUUCAUCGAGGAAGGAACACCAAAUUAUACUGAAGAUGGUUUAGUCAACUUCUCCAAGAUGAGAAUGAUAUCUCACAUAAUCCGAGAGAUCCGUCAGUUCCAGCAGACUGCCUACAAGAUAGAGCAGCAAGCUAAGGUGGCACGCUAUUUACUGGUCCAGUCAAAUGUCAUGGAUGAAGAAACUCUUUACGAAGCAUCCCUGAGGAUAGAACCAAAGCUUCUAACCUGAAUCCCACCAUCCCUUGCAUCAGAAACCUUGCAUAAAUGAUGAUAUCACUGCUCUCCUCCAACGUGCUGUGCAUGGUGCCAUCGCUGAAGAGUAGACACGACCAAAAAAAUAACCCAAGGAGUGUAUCAACCAUCUGUCUGCUCUACUGGGGAAUUUGACACUAACUGGCUGCUGUACUUUUACUGCAGAGCAAACCUUUUCCAAAAACAAAACACAGUGCAGCGGUCGUAGGUUUUUUUGUGGUACCAAUUAAGUCAUUUUAACAAUCUUUAGAAAAUCCAAGAAAAAAAUCUUGAAAAAUGUUGAAGAAUGGAAGGUAAAUGGGACAGAGUCUUUCAGUUCUAAAACCUGGUUUCCAACUCAGUCUGGAAUACUGGGAAUGGAAGACUGUUCUCCUGGGCAAAGGGUUGUGUGUUGUAGAUGGGCAGCAGACUCCCUUCAUCACUGGGACCUGAACUCCUAUCGCUGAAAGAUCACGUGUCUGCCUCUUCUCGUGGCCGUGGGAAGUUAAUGUGCUAUCUUGUUGAUGAAAGAUUGUGUGAUAUAGUCACCUGCACACUCUCCUUUUACUCACUCAUGGGCAAAAAAGUAGAAACUCUUCCCUGAGUGGUGAUGUGGAUGUUCCCUCGCACUGAUGAAGGGCAGUAUGGUGUCACUGAGCAGCACACCAUCCUUUCCUGUGAGAGUCCGAGAAUAUCCCAGAAUAUCCCAGAAUGAUUAGGUGAAUGUUUUUUCCCUCUCCAACCAGUGACAUAUCACUCUUUAAACCCCCCACCUCAGGGUUCAAAUUAAGUUCAUACUAAUCUAUGAAAUGUCUCCUUUCUGUGGCAAAGGUUGAGUUCACACUUCAGGCCCUUGGUUUGGAUCCUGUCCAUGCUUACCCUUUCCCUGAACGUUGAGGAUCUGAAAUGAAAUGAGUCUGGGCCAUCACAAUCCAGUGUUGGUGGACAUAUGUCUACACAAUAUACGUCCUCUAGAAAUGACAUCUAUGAUCAGUUAGCAUCCAUCAAUAGUGUGGGAGCUGGAGAUGUCACACUGAUGCUGUGGGGAGUCCCUUUGGAGGUUAAUUAUUAAGAUGGUGUAGACAGCACAUUAACCUGCACCUACACCAUGCUGUACUUAAUUGUAGAACACUGAACACUAACAAUUCUCAGCUAUAUUAAUCCUCAUUUUUAUGAGCACAAAUAAAAUUUGCUACCUUGUCCCCAAACAAAGCUUCUCUAGAAAUAAUUCUGGAAUCAAAAUUAUGUUGAAGCUCAUCUCCAAGCCAAUGCUUCUCUGUAGAUCUCAAAGCUGCUUAAAGUUUCACAGGAGCUGUUUGACUGGAACAAGAUACCCUGUGCCCCUAUUGUGUUGGAUGAGAUUUGUUGUGUAAACUCUGUGGAGGCUUUGACUCACUUGUUCGAGACCCCUAAGCAGAGAUGAGAACUGUGAAGCUAAGCCCAGAGCUUUGCUCUCUGUGUAUUGGACAUUAUUUUAUGAGU